AUGAAUUAUGAUUUAGUUCGAGACAUCAACGAUAAUGCGCCGAUUUUUCGACCCGCAGAAAUAGAUGUCACUCUUUCUGAGGGGACACAAAUUGGAGCCACAGAUAGCCAUCGUUGCGCCGAAGAUCGUGACGAGAACCGAAACUUUUCUAUCGAAUCGGCGAGCGUCCCGAUCGAGGAUAUGGCUGAAGACACAGGAUCAGCGGUGACAACGCUGAGAUCCACUACUCGAUUGACUCUGAUCUUUUCGAGAUCAACAAUG